AUGCACACGCCAGACAACAAUGGCUCGACGUUGGGGUCGCCAGUAUACAACUCCAUCAUCUUCAGCUCGACAUCAGUGAACGACUACAGCGUCUUGAAUACGAAUGCGUACAUUUCAAAGAAAAAGACCGAAGGCGCACUCGAUAGUGCCGACUGGAAGAGCAUGUACUCAAAUUUUCUUGGCGAUAACGUCGAGGAAAUGGACACAACACGAUGCAUCGACGCCCACCGAGUCGCUUUCCUGUCCUCACGAGGAAACUUACUCCUUGUAUUUGAUGAUAAGAAGGAAGAAAAUCGUACGGCUGAGGUCUUCGAUAUUUCGGGAUACCCAUAUCUUUGGAUGUGCGGCCAAUCAGGUGAAAGAAUUGCCGGCAUACUCGCUGGUAACUUGACAUGCGAGGACUAUCUGGUCGAAUUGCGAACUACGUCGGGAGGCUGGAAGCCUCUGGGAUCAAGCGUCAAGGAAUCGUUUAACGUUGCCAAAGGCGUCUUGAUGCUCUUCGUCGCCUUCGGAAUGGGCGAAGAAGGUCCUCUGAUGACCAUUGGAGAUGCAGUGACCUCUUUCCUUGAAGAUCAGGAUGAGUCGACUGCGGAUAUGUGCCUCAAGUCCAGGGACCACUUUGUUGCCCAACAUUGGUCCAAAGGUCCAAUACAAUAUGAUCUCAAACCGCAACGGAAGUCUGUCGCCAUUGGCCCAGCGGCUUGGUUUCUUUGCUUCUUGUUGUACUUUGGACUCAUCAUCGCCUGUGCAAGUUUGCUGGUUGGAGGCCUGAAUCACAUGUUAGGUGGCGGCGAUAUCACAAAGCUUGGUCUCGGCGCCAUGCAGACCAAGACCAUCCUGAACACGGAUGACAUGAGUCAAGGAUCUAUACUUGCUAAUCUUCUGCUUGUCAACACGCCUCAAAUUAUUCUGUCACUCAUUUACUCCACUUACAAUGCCCAGUACACCAGUAUAUCCUUGAUUACUGAAUGGGACAGGUUUGGCAACGAGAAGGAGGCAAAGAGUCUUCGCGUCUCGUCUACACGCAGAGGAGCUCAGCGAGAUACCUACUUCCUUCAACUGCCGUACCGCUACUCGUUCCCUCUUGUAAUAUUUUCAGGGGGACUUCACUGGCUCAUUUCUCAGAGCUUCUUCCUCGUCAACCUGGAGGUAUAUGUCCCUCCAGCUGAUGGCAGGCCUAUGGUACGACUAGUAGAGGGGAACUCGUUUGCCGGUGUGAGAGCCUGCGGGUGGUCGCCACUCGGGGUUUUUUGUGUUCUGGUGGUAAUUAUCUUCAUGAUGGGAAUUCUCAUUGUCACGGAGAGACGUCGUUUGCGAUUCGGGGUCAUGCCCGUGGCGGGCAGCUGCAGCGCGGCCAUCUCUGCUGCUUGCCACCCUGGCUCAGACGAAGGAAAGAUGUGGGAGAAGACUCUGAGAUGGGGCGUAGUGGACUCAUCUACCGUCGGGCCCUGUUCUUUUUCUUCUGAGCCAGUCUCGGUCCCGGUUUGUGGUCGUUUGUACUCGUGA